AUGGAAGGAUCAGCAGCUAAUUCCAUGAGCAGUGACCUGAGGGCUGGCUCUGCACAACUGGCCACUGUCGGGAAAAGUCCACAGGAUUGGAAAGCGUAUAUUGAUUCUGUGAAAUUAAAAGUUCAGUCAUGGGAUGCCCACAGGCGAAACCGCAUGAUUUCAUAUUUAUAUGUCAGUGCGUUUAAGGUGAUCCCAAACACAGAUACAUCCUUCAGCUAUGCCCAGUUGCUUGUUGACUAUGCAGAAUUCACAAGCUAUCAUGACUUGAAUGAGGCUGUUCGAAUGCUAGCAUUUGCUCGGAAAAUCUUACCACGUUAUUCCAUCAUCCAUAUUGCCAGCGCAGAGACUGAGUUGAAGAAAGGUCAGAGAGAAGAAGCUGUCAGUAUCUUGCAGAAAGCCAUUUUACUUGAGACUGAGCCAGUUUCUGAGGUCUUGAGAGCACUAGAGAGGUUGAACGAGGGCAAGGCAGAGCUGCGUGAUCACACUAAAGAUGAGCGUACACAAGAUGAUACCCACUCUGGCAUUCUCCUAGACAUUUCCAACAGACAGUGUGAAGCUGGACUCAGUGCAUUGAAACAUGUCAAACCUGAUACACUGACCUUAAUGUCUUCGGCUUCCAGGCAGAAUCUCAAUUUUCCUGUAUUGGCACAGAAUACCAGUGAGAGCUCCGGCAUAUUUUCAACUCCUUCAUGUGAACUACCAAAAGUGGUUGACAAGAUUAUCAUUGACGGCAGGUGCCAGAAAAGCGACAGCACCCAGAGAAAUGACAGCGCCGAGAGAAGCCACAGCUCCCAGCAAAGCCACAGCUCCCAGCCAAGCCACAGCUCCCAGCGAAGUGACGUUCCUUCAAUUGUCAUAGCUGAGCCUCCCCCACAUCAGGGACCUACCAGGAAAUUACAGUUGCCAUCUUCAGACAAAACUCGUUUGACAGCUGAAAUUUCUGGACCCAUAACUCAACAGUCAAAUGGAACCUGGCCAGUGUAUUCCAACACACCUUUGAAUCUACGGUCUGGUGAUCAUCUGAAAGCCAGAGCUGAUACUACAAGAGACUUUCUAGUUAAGCCUCAGGAGGUGCAGCGGCAGAGUGGAAUUAGUGACAGGACUUUCUCGAUGCCUGAUUAUAUGUCUGCGGUGAACAGUGCCAUUACUCCAGCAAAAUCUCUCAUCAUGCCGUCAAAUUGCUUUAUGGGAGACAGUGCCACACCUUGUUCUGGUCUAGAUCUGGGCUCCAAAAGAGGAAACCAGAAUGGUGGAAAAGAUUCUUCAGGAGAGUUCAGUAGCUCACAAAGUGCUACACUUUCAUUUCGAAAAUUUCGGCCUUUGAACUUGGGUCCACCGCGGAGGGUGAAAGUCGACCCAGCCUUGAAGAAGCUGAGUGAUGAUGAAGACGAAGCAUUCCAAAGUCAGGAGAUGACAUUCUCUGACCCGGAGUCCCAUUCACAACCAGCAACUGCUUCGGAGAAAACAGACUCUGGGUUCCCACUGGAUAGGUCCUGUCAGAAAUCUGGAACCAAGUCAUUUCCAGCUGCCAAAUCUGACACAUUGACCCAUUUUCUUCCAGCAAGAGCUGGUACAUCUGGGUUUCCCUUCGUUUUACACAAUAAAUAUGAAACUAACAGCAUGUCGGCUCAUCCUUCUUAUGAAGCGCCAAAAGUAGCUGACAAGACGACCAUUGGAGAUACCAUUCUGAGAAAUGAAAUUUCUGCAGUUCUCAGGGUUCGGCCUGCCCCAUGUCCGGGGUCUUCCAGAAAGUUGCAACUGCAAUCUUCUGAUUCUGCAAACCAACUGACAGCUGAAUUGUCUGCACCUAUGGCUCAGUUGUCAGAUGAUGCACAUCCAGUUUGUUCUAGAACAUCUGUUAGUGAUCAACCCGACGACCAUCAAAAGGGUGAGUCCACCAAAGAAAUACUGAUAAAACAGCAGGAGAUAAUACAACAGCUUCUGCAACAACAGCAGCAGCAACAACAGCAGCAGCAGAGUGUGGUUAAUAACAAGACAUUUUCGGUCCAUGAGUCGCAGUCAGGCAUCGCACCUGCAAAAUCUCUCACUCAGUCGGAACACAAAACCAUCGUUGUUAAUGGGAAACCAUACACAGUGAUGAACCUCGUAGGUCGAGGUGGCUCUGCCAAAGUGUACCGGGUGUACGACCCAGCAACAAACACCAUCCUAGCUGUCAAGUGUGUCAACCUAGCAUGUGCCAACCAAGUCAUAGUCGAAGGCUACAAGAAUGAAAUCAAUUUGCUGAAGAAACUGCAGCAGUGUGGCCGUGUUAUUAAACUGUAUGACUACGAGUAUGUUGAAGCUAGAAAGAAGCUGUUUGUGGUGCUGGAGUAUGGAGAGACGGAUCUCUGCAAGUUUAUAUCCCAGAGUGAGAAGAACCCAACCUGUUUGCAUCCAAUCAACAUAAGAUACUUCUGGCUUCAGAUGGUCUCUGCUGUCCAUGCCAUGCAUCAGGAAGGGGUCAUCCAUUCCGACCUCAAGCCUGCCAACUUCAUCCUGGUAUCAGGCGAGGUCAAGCUGAUUGACUUUGGCAUUGCAAACUCCCUGCAGCAGGACAGCACUAGUGUACUCAAGGACAACAUGGUAGGGACGCCCAGCUACAUGAGUCCUGAAGCACUGAUGUCUGUUAGUCCAUACACGGAUGGGUCCAAGCCUACAUAUAAGGUUGGAGUGCGGAGUGACGUUUGGUCAUUAGGUUGCAUUCUCUACCAGAUGGUGUAUGGGCAUACUCCAUUCCAACAUGUCAGGCAAAAACUGGAGGCCAUAGUCAAUCCAGCUCAUGAGAUUCCUUUCCCUGACAAAGGAGAUCCAAAACUGAUGGAUAUUCUCAAG